AUGGAGAAUCAAACUACUACUAGUGGAUUUACCCUUCUUGGACUCACAGAUGUCCCUUAUCUGAAGCCUUUCUACUUCUCCACAUUCCUGGUGAUGUAUGUAAUCACACUAUUUGGAAACCUUUUGUUGAUCAUAGUGGUGAGAAUCAGUUCACGGCUACAGACCCCGAUGUACUUCUUCCUCAGUAACCUCUCGUUCAUUGACAUCUGCUUCUCCUCCACCAUUGUUCCCAAAAUCCUGAUAAAUACUUUGUCUCAAGACAAAAGUAUCUCUUUCCUGGGAUGUGCAGCUCAGACGUACUUCUCACUAGGUCUUGGAGCAACAGAAUGUUUUUUAUUGACUGUGAUGGCUUUUGACCGAUACGCAGCCAUCUGUAAACCAUUGCACUACAAUGUCAUCAUGAACAAGAAGCUGUGCUGCUCUUUGGCUGCUGGUUCUUGGACUAUGAGCUUUAUAAAUGCUACUAUCCAAAUUCCUCUCACUUUUCAGCUCCCUUAUUGCAGGUCCCACCACAUCAACCACUUCUUCUGUGAAAUGCCGCCUUUAUUCCAUUUGUCUUGCAGGGACACUUGGAUCAAUCAGGUAUCAACAUAUAUUGCAACUGUGGUUAUUGUAAUAUCCUCAUUUUGCCUCACUCUAGUUUCAUAUAUUCAUAUUGUUUCCACUAUACUGAAGAUCCAAUCCUCCCAAGGUCGUCAAAAAACAUUUUCCACCUGUGCUUCUCACCUCGUAGUGGUGACACUCUUCUUUGGCACUAUUAUGUUCAUGUAUCUUCGACCUCGUUCUGCUUACUCUCCUGAGACUGACAAGACAGUAUCUAUUCUCUAUACGACAGUGACUCCAAUGUUGAACCCACUUAUCUACAGCAUAAGAAACAAAGAGGUCAAACAUUCUCUAAGAAUGGAAAUGAAAGACCUUAAAAAGAGAUAA